AUUUGUGGCACACAACAGUCUCAUUAUCUCUCCAUUUCUCUCCAACACAAAAUACUACAUGCCUAUAUAAAAUCUCAAGAGAGCUUUCCAUAAUUGCUUCUAACUAAUACAUCUUCUUGUCUAUAUAAAUCUCAAGCUUGGAAAUUUUCAUGGCCUCCCAAUUUCCAAUCACUCCACAAAACUCUCCUCAUGCAUGGGCAAUGAGGACAAAGAUUAACACGAAAGUUUUUGCAUCAAGAUCAGGAGGGAUGCCCUUCAAACAGGUUUCAAAGGGUUGCAAAACUUGCCGGGGUCAAGGUGCGAUUGAGUGUCCGGGGUGUAAGGGAACUGGAAAGAACAGGAAGAAUGGAAACAUUUUUGAAAGAUGGAAGUGUUUUGAUUGCCAAGGAUUUGGAAUGAAGAGCUGCCCCAGUUGUGGGAAAGGAGGGCUAACACCUGAGCAAAGAGGGGAAAGAUAGAAGAAACCAUAUUAUUUCUUAGAUUUACAAAUAAAUGUAUCUAUGUUUUCUAAUCCUUCUUUCUGUUAUUUUAUUGAUGUAAAUUAAGAUGCUCAAUGUAACAGAUGUGGUUCUCUUAUCAAUAUUUUGAUGACUUUCUAAUGAUAAUACUUAUGUAAAUUUUGAUA